UGAAAAUAAAUAUUCAAACACAAAAUGAUAUAUUUCAAAUUUUACAAAAGAUAAAAUCAUAGAUAAUAAAGAAUAACUUUUUGAAAUGCACCAAGAAAAAAACAAACUAUAUAUGUUGUAAAAAUUAAAGCAAUCUAAUAUUUUGAAAUCUUAAUUAAAAAUAAAAAGAAAACUCAAUAUCAUAACAUCCAAAAUAUCAUAUAUCAAUAAAAUUUACUAAAAUAAUGUGUUAUAUGCUACUAUGUAUAAAAUCUACUAAAAUAAUAGAGCUAUAUUAUUUAGAGAAAAUAGUGUUUUUUCUUACAAAUCCCGCUAAAUACUAAAAUAAUAUAUGUUAAAGAAUAUUUUUUAAACACAACAUGUAUAUAUAAAUUAUCGUAAACAUAUUUGUUUUCUAUAAUAUAAAUAAAUAAAAUUUUAAAAUGUAUUAUAGCAAAAUGUAUAAAUUAAAGAAAAAAAAUAUAUUUUAAAGGAGAUUGUCUAUUUGAUUAUUUUAUAUUGUUAUUUUCUUGGACCUAACUCGAAAAUAUAUUAGUAAGUAAUAAAAAUUAAUAACCAAGUAAAAUGUAUGAAACAAAUCACUAUAUGUUAAUAAUACCGAAUACGAAAUAUAAAAAUAAAAUUAUGAGUUACACAAUAUAUAAUAAUAAAAUGAAAUUUAUAUAUUUAUAAUAUUUAUAAUAUUAUCAAAUAUAUUUGUAAAAUGAAAAAUUAUCCGCACGGACGUGCGGGUUAAAAUCUAGUAAUAAUUAAAAAUGGGAUACUAAUGUGUCAUUUGCAUGGUCUGAACUCCUUACUAAAUGUUGACCAACAAGAUAAAUGCGAUUUGUAGUCCUGACAAAAAAAGAACUGUAGUGACAGCUGCCGUGAAAUCCGGAGCCAUGCAUUGUCUUGAUAUUCGGCGGAUUGGUAUAACGGUCGUCACCGUUAACAUUUAACUUCCCAUUUUGAUCAGUUGACGCAGUUAACCUUUAUACGUUGUUCGUUUCGUGAAUAUACCAAUGAGUAAGACUGACCAGUUUCGCGAUAAUCUAUUCUCUUCUAAUGGUAUUGAAUGUCUGUUGUAUUGUGUUCACUGAUACAAAAAAAAAUAUACGACAUUAAAAGUAUUAAAAACUGCAUUUUUUUGGUCAGCUACUAUUAAAAACUGCAUUUAAAUUUAAGUAUUGUAGUACGACUAUAAACGUUUAAAAUAUAGAGUAUCUCAUAUAGUAUUAUCGUAGAUAGUUGAAAGUUGAAAGUAGUUGAGAGUAAGUGGGUAAGGAUAAUAUCAUUGCAUCAUACGCACCAACCAUGUACGUAUUUUGUUUAAACAUACUUUUAUUUCACGAAAUGUAGGUGGAACACAUUUUUAUGUCUGAAAAAUGGUUAGACUACAUGAGAACAUACAAUUAGUCUACAACGUUUUCAGUGAUGUUCAAGCGGACCAAUCUGUAUGAUGCAACGAUACUUAAUGUCCUAAUGGUAUUUGUAACCUCAUGAAAUAACAAAAAGAUAUGAUAAAUAAAAUGACAAAGCUGUAUUUUCUAAUCCAACAUGAAUAAAACAACUAUGAACAUGUUACAUGUGAAUGUUCAAAAAAAAAGUGACAUGUGAUAACAUCACGAAUGUCUCAAUUUAUUUCAACAACAUAUAUCGGGCUUAGACGAAUAUAGUUAGAUAUAUAUAUAUAUAUAUACUUGCACUAUCUAAUCUAUUAAAAGAAGAGUAUAAAUUUAAAUUAUCUCUUAAUUUUACAAGUUAUUUACACCAGAAUGCCACUGAAAUUAUAAAUAAUAUUUUCCUAAAUUAAUGUUCUCUUUUCUGAUUAAUAAAUGUAUUUUCCUAAUUUUAAUUUAACCAACAAAAAUGACAACAAUGACGGUAAUAUUAUGGCAUCAAUUAACUAUAACCUACAGUUUUCUUUUAAUAUAACCUAUAAAAAAUAUCUUUGGUCUUCUUCACCCAUAGCUAAUCUACCUGUAUACAAAGCAAUGGAGAAUUACCAUUAAUUUUCUUUUAAUAAUAUAGAUAGACAAAAACAUGACAAAUUACAAAAAAAAAAAUGGAGGUUCAUGUUUUUUUUAUUUAACUAAAAUUCAAACCAGUUAUUGAUUUACUAUAUUCAUAAGUUUGUAUUAAUUUCGUUACUAUUGACCAAAAAUAAAUUUACCAUUUACUAAAUUAUCUACCUUUUUUAAAUAAAAAAAAUUAUUUGUGUUGUUUGUUUUGUUAUUAUUAACCCCAAAAAUCAAUUUACUUAUUUGUUUUAUUAUUAUUAGCCCCAAUUUCAUUGUUCUACUUCUUUUAACAAAAAAUAAAUAAAUUCAAAAUCAAAACAAUAAUAUAUUUCUAAGCCUAUCCAUACGUGAUCAAUGAGACAUAUUUGAUAUCGCUAUAAAAUAUAGAAACUGAAUCACCUAAUUUGUUUGAACGGAAUAAUUAUUUCUCGCUUGACUUGUUCUCCAAUCUACAAUAAUUAUAGAAAUUAAAUGUAAAUAAAAAAUCUGAUUUUUUUUUGCCCAAUUACACCAAAUAAUUAGUUCACCAAAUAUCUAUAUCAAAUAUUGUGAAUCGUUAGAAUCCAAACUAUUGCCUAAAUUUUUGCUAACCAUAAUAUUUUAUACACCCAAUAUAUUGUGCAAUAUAAUUCACAUGGUUAGCAGAUAUUCUCUUGCUCAAGCGUUUUAGUUUGCAAUUAUAUAUAGUUUCAUUUCCAAACACCUUUCAAUAUCACCUUCUGUCACAAACAUAAACCACCAUGUCAACAAACAAAAGUUUUAUAUUGCUUCACAAGGUUAAACCUUACAAAAACGGAUGCGUGUGCAAGUUAAACUCACUCACUCGCCUAAACAAAACCCUUGUACCCCUGACGAGACACUUGAAAUAGAUGGUAAAAUACAUGCAUCAUGCAUAAAAACUCACAUGUUUCGGACACAACGUAACCUUCCUAUUGGAUAGUGGCUGGAAAAAGUAAAGCUCAAUAUUGAAUUUAUAAUAAUCAGUGAUUAGAUGAUUAACGGAUUUCAUGGCUGUUUCAUAUAUUGAUUAACAUCGACUUCAUCGAAGAAGAUAGAGAGAUAGCAAAGAGGAUUCACCGACAGAUAAAAAAAAGAAAGAAAACAGAGAUAGAAGUGGUUGUUAGCAUGUUGCCAAGAUACGUUUUGUUAUUAGCUUUCCUGAAAAAAUAGUUAUAGAUGAGCUUUGAACUAAUGGGCCAUUAAUAAUUAUUGGUUUUACAAAAUUGUUAAAUAGAAUGUACAUAAACUAAAGUUCAUUAUUAAUGUCUUUAUCAGAUAAAUUAAAGGGAAAAUUUGGAUAAAUGCACUUCAAUAAGAAUAUUAUUUGAAAAAUACACCUUUGUUUAAACUUUUUGAAAAAUACACUUAUCUAUAUAUAAAUUUACCAAAUUGCCCAAUUUUAAUAUUUAUCAAUUCUUAUAAAACAAUUUUUUUAAACUAGAGAAUCGAAUGAGAAUAUGAAAUAUCUUUUAAAUAUACUGCACAAUAUCUUUCUCAUAUCUUUUUAAUAUAUUUUAAAUUUAUUUUUUUAUUUUGAAAAAAAAAUUAAAGAACGCAGGGUCGUCUUCUCGUCUUCUUCGUAUUCAUUCUACUUCUGAAUUUUUUUUUCCUUUCUCUCUAGUUGAACAGAUUCUUCCUCUCAUCUCAAGAGGUUUGUUGUUUCAUCAAUCAGAUUUCAAUUUCUAAUUCUGCUUCUCUUUUAUUCUGACAAUCUGUUUUUUUUUUCUUUUAGGAAAAUCAUGUUGCAUUUGGCUGGAGUGUUGGGAGAGUGGAAGAUGAAUAAAGGAUCAUGGAAAUUCAUGGUGAAUACAACAGCAGGAGGUAAAUUAUUUACCUUUAGGGAAGGUUUGAAGUUUGAUGAUAUGGUUCAGAUGGUACACGAAGAUUUUGGUAUAAGUAGGUUGGGUAAUGAGUUAGAGCUUAGCUAUGCACUACCGGAAUCAAUGCUUCGAGAUAUGCCUAAGGAUACGCCUCCUGUUUUUGUGAACAAUGAUAGGCAAUUGGAUUCUAUGUGUGAAAUGUCUAAAUCCAUGCCUCUGCGUCUUUGCGUCUCGGUGAAGAAUGGAAACGUAGGGAACCAUGAUCAAGGUUUCAAUCGUGAAGAUACUGCCAUUUAUGGAAAAGGCCAUGGAAAGAAGAAGAAGAAUGUUGAUAGACAGGAUAGUAAUCAAGAACCAGAAGUGGAAGUUUCUAAUUUUCAUGAUGCAAAGGUCAUUGAAAAGGGUCAAUGGUUCAAGAAUAAAUCAGAGCUGUCUUGGAGUAUACGGAUGCUUUCAAUCGAACGCAAGUUCAGAAUUGUUGUCAGCAAGUCAGACAAGAAGUUGUUAGUUGUCAAAUGUGCAGAUACAAGCUGCAACUGGAUGGUUAGAGCUGCUAAGACUAAUCCGACUUGCGAGUUUUUCUGGGUAACAAAGUACAUCGACAAGCAUACAUGUUUUUCAAGAAACAUUGCUGGACCGAGAGCUUCUUCCAAAGUUAUAAGUAAGCUUCUUCUGGAAAACUUUGGAAACUCAGGUCUAAAUAUGAAACCAGAGUUGAUUUCAAGUACUAUGAAAAAGAGAUAUGGUCUUGAUUCAAAGUAUUGGAAGAUAUGGAAAGCUAGAGAAGAAGCUCGGAAGGAGGUAUUAGGUUCUCCAGAAGAUAGCUACGCGCAGCUUCCAGUCUACAUGCAUAAGCUUGUUAUAGCUAAUCCAGGUACAAUUGCAUGCCUUGAGGUUGAUGCUCUGCAUAGGUUCAAGUACUUGUUUUUCUCGUUUGCUGCUUGCGCCAAGGGUUAUAAAUACAUGAGGAAAGUUGUUGUUGUUGAUGGCACCUUCUUGAAAGGGAAAUAUAAGGGAGUUUUGUUAGUUGCAACAGCUCAGGAUGGUGAUUCUCAUGUGUAUCCUCUUGCAUUUGGAAUAGUAGAUGCUGAGAAUGAAGCAUCUUGGGAGUGGUUUUUCAACAGAUUGACAUCUAUAGUAUCUGAUGAUCCUAGUUUAGUAGUGAUAUCUGACAGAUGCGCAUCCAUUGCAAAAGCAGUUGCAAAAGUGUAUUCAUUGGCUCAACGUGGAAUAUGCACCUAUCAUCUACGCAAGAAUGUCAUCUCUCAGCCUGGAGGAAGAAAAAUUUCUCGCCUUGUUAAGACAGCCAUCAAAGCUUACACAACUGCAGAAUUCGACCAGAUUUUCAGCGAAAUACGACGUCAGAAUCAUGAGUUGGGCGUUUAUCUAGAGGAAGCAGAUGUGAACCUGUGGUCACGUGCUUAUUUUGCUGGAGACAAAUAUGACAUCACUACAAGCAACGCAGCAGAGUCAAUAAAUGCAGUGUUUAAGAAACCACGUGAGCUACCCAUUGUGUCGUUGAUUGAAGCAAUAAGGAAUAGACUUACACGGUGGUUUUUCGACCGUCGAGAAAGUGCUGCGAUGCUCAAAUCUUCUCUCACGCCUAAGGUUGAAAAGAAGCUCAAUAAAAGGUGUGAUUUGGCGUCUACUUUUGAUGUGCAGUCUAUAAAUCAGGAUGAGUUUCAGGUAACUGAUGGGUCAAGAAAUUACUUGGUUGAUCUUCAACAAAUGAUUUGCACAUGUAAUGUGUUUAAUGUUGACAAGAUCCCUUGUAAGAUUGCUGCUAAGGCUGCAACAAGUCGAGGCUUGAACCCUGGGUUAUUUGUGCAUCAGUACUACUCAAAGGCAAACAUGUGUGCUGCAUAUUCAGAGAGUAUAAGACCUAUAGAUGAGCUGCUGGACGUGAAGGAAAUACCUCCUCAUAUUGUUGCUUAUAAAUGUCUUCCACCAGAUGUUAAAAGAGGUGCUGGAAGACCUGUGAAAAGAAGAUAUGAAUGUUUUGGAGAACAAGCAACAGCUCGAAAAAAAGCACGGAAACAAGCUUGCUCAAGAUGUCAUCGUACAGGACACAAUCGUGCCCGUUGCGACUUUGGAAUUUGACAUUUUAUGUUCUAAACUUAUUUCUGUUUUAAAUGCUUUUUCUGCAAAUUUUGGUUUUGUUUACUCUAGAUUUUGAUAACUAUUUUAGUUUUUAUUUUGCAAUAAGGUUGAUUAUUUUGAACUGAUGUCGUUUGUUUGCAUUGAGAAGGCACUUGAACUGCACUAUGUUUGUUUGUGAAACUAAGUAUGUGAAACCAAGAAUACGAUUCUAUCCCUCUCUCGAAGCCAUCUCCAAUAUUAUCACGGUCAAUGAUCUUUAAUAUCAAUCCUCUGUUUCUCUGUCCACAAGAGUUUUCCCCAAAACAGAUAACUUGACAAGCAAGUAACUAGGGUAGUGUCUUUGUCCCAAGCAGAAAGCUAACCAAUAUCGCUUCUCUCCUCUCGAUCCGAACACUCCGAGCACAAGCUUACAUGACCAUGAACAAGCCCAUGGUGCUCUAACUAAGUGCUCUGUGUAUUGUUUCUCUUGCACGUUUAUGGCCAAAAAUUUUAUAAAGUAUUACUCAUCUUCUGUUUGUUUCUUCCUAUGGUAGAGUAAAACGUAUUGCAACAUGAAUAAAUUUUUACACCUAUGACGAAGGAAUCUCUUCCCACUAUCUUUGACUUUUGCGUUUACCUCCCACUAUGAGAAUAGACCCGUGAGUGCAUCAAUUAUCAAAUAAAGUUUUGAAACUACGUUCGGUUAUAAAAGCCAAGAAAGAAGCACGUAUUGUCAUGAGUUCAAUAAAAAACACAUAUGCUAUUAAAUAGAAAUGCAAACUGAAAACUUUAGUAAAAUCAUCUAAAAAAUGUGAAAGACAAAGUGAAAAACAGAAAAAGCACGUCCUAAACUUUUAAAACCAAACAAAGGUAAUUCUUCUAAAAAUCAUCAAAAUGAUUUCCUUCAGCAAACAUAUCAGCUGCAAGCUUUUUCCGGAUAAAUUUGAUGUUAGCAUCACACAGUCCAACUUCCAUAUCUGUGUCUAAUGCAAGACAUUCGAUAUAUUUGAUAGCAUAGACACCACAAUCACCAGAUUGUAUGUUCUGUGGAAUCUUCUUACACCUUAUAAUUGUGUACUCAGCAUCACUUAAACCCUUUUGGUCAGCUGGGGAAGCCAAUGAUCUGAUAAGAUGUGGAAUCAUCAUUGCAAAUGGUUUCACAAACUCGGUUAUCUCGUCAUCUCCAGAGAGCAUCCAACUACUGUCGUACACUUCAACGGUACGUUGAAGAAUUGAUAUAGCCAAAGCAAUCCAGUGGACAUUCUUAAUGUUUAACACCACAUACGCGUCAUCGACGUCAACACCAAGUCUCUUAUGUGUUCUUUCACAUUUAGGUAGAAUACCAUUGUAGUAACUGAUAAACUCAGAGCUCCACUCAAAGUUCUUUGGAUCUUCCAAAAACUUUUGAUAGCUCCUGGAAAUCAGCAAUGUAAAUGGUACAUCCAGAAAUGCCAAUCUAUUACUCUGAAAGGGACAUGAUUUUUCUCCUAACUUUCUUCUCAAAAGAGACAUACCAACGUCAAUAUGCUGCAUCAAACAAUGUAAUUUAGUAGAUGUACACUGAAUGUUUUCGAUUAUAAGAACAUUUAUAAUAUACUUACUUCUUCACUUAACCAAACCUUUGGUUCAAUAAGCUCAGCAAAAAAAAAUUUGUCUGCCUUUAUGAUGCCCAAAUUAAUUGUUAUAUCUCUGCAAUUCACAAUGUAAAUGAUAAUAUAUAUAUAUUACUAAUAAAUCACUAAAUAUUUUUUUGAAAAUACUAACCUGUCUAUCUUCAUCCAUGAAUCUAACCAUGCAUCUUUACCAUGAUCCACCACAGCAAAUGGAUCAUAAGAUUUCACAACUUGCUUACGUCUUUCCGUUCCUCCACUAGUAUCCAGUAACAUACCAAACUUCUUUAUUUUCUUAUCUAAUGUCUUCAUUUCAUUUGUCUUUAAUGGUGUUAUACUCAAUAUUUCGACCGAGGAAUCUGUACACUCUGUUGCAUUCAAAGUGGUCUUCGGGUCGUUUUUCAUUGUCUGCAAAAAAAAAAGAUUACAAUCACCAUAACUUCACAUUUUAUUUUCAGUUUGCAUUUCUAUUUAAUAGCAUAUGUGUUUUUUAUUGAACUCAUCUAAAAUAAGUUCUAAAAUUUUAUUGGUUAUAUGUUACAAUUUUGAAAUAAGUUGAACAAUCAAUUUAUUUUCAUACAAAUAUUAUAGCCAAUGUAUCAUUUUUAAUAGCAUACUAACUCACUGUUGUCUCUUUUUUGUACUUUUGAUUCACAAAAAUUAUUUUCUAUAUAUAUUAAACAUAAGUUUAAUUAAAUAAAUGUUGGAUUUGGUUAUAUAAUAUCCAAUAUUGAUGAUACAAUUUACGGUAAAUCAAGAAAAAAUAGUUUUAUGUAAUUUUUUAAAUUGUUAUCUUUCAUGUUUCAUCAUGUUAUAUUACAACAACUAUGUAAUAAGAAUAUAACAUUUAGUACAAACACAAAUAGAUUACUGAAAAUAAAUAUCCGCACGGUCACGGAUCUAGUUAUUGUCUUAUAAUACGGAAACUGGUCUGCUUAUUUAGUCUUAUGGGAAGAUUAAGCGCGUGUGAAACCAGCUGGGGGUAGCACACGGCAGACUCUAAUAACCUGACCAAGUCUCAAGGUAAUCUCUGAUGAACCGAUUGUGAUUUUAGCAGCGUUGCAGGUGCCAUAGAGGAUGAAAGCCCAGCUAGCAUGGUCUCAUAGUUUGAGUGUUGGGGUUAAGCUUUGAGGUGAAGCCUGUUGUAACAAGCUUGCGUCGAGUUUCUAGGACACACCGGAACCUGAGGUUCAGAAGCUUGGGCCACGGUGAAACCAACGAAGAAAAGGUUGAUGACGAGGACGAGAGCUGUAGUGGUGCACCUAGUGGUCAUCAUCUUCUUUGAAGCCUUGCUUUGAAAUGCUAAUUGAUCUUUAUUUUUUCUUAUUUUUUCUCUUUUUAAGUGUUAGGAUAUGAGUGUUGAGUAAAUUAGUUUUGGAGGUGAGGAUAUGUACUAUACUAGUAUAAAUUUUUUUGAGGGUUGGCUGCAGGCUCGUCUUAAAGAUAAAAUGGACCAUUUUCUCUCUUUUUUUGUUUACCAAAAAAAGAUAAAAUGGACCCUGAACAAAAGACAAAUUAAAACUCAUUUCUUCGUGCAAUUUUCUUUUCUGAAAAAAUACUCUAAUCUUAGCCUAAAAACUUAAAGAAUUGCAAUGGACCAUGUGUGAAUGCCCCUCCAACACACAUGCACAGGGACGGCCUGGUUGGCUGCUUCCUAUGUGCUCGAUCACUUAGGAUGUUGUUUAAGCAUUCUUUAACAUUAAAUUAAAUGUUAAACCAAAAAAAAAAAAAAAAAAAA